AUGAAGGUGCUCCCUGCAUCUGGCCUUGCUGUCCUCCUCGUCACGGCUCUGAAGUUUUCCACUGCAGCCCCCUCCCUAUUUGCAGCCACUCCCAGGACCUCAAGGAACAGCUACCGCCUCGCACAGGCAUACCUUGACAAAUAUUACACAAAGAAAGGAGGGCACCAGAUUGGUGAGAUGAUUGCAAGAGGAGGCAAUUCCAUGGUUAAAAACAUUAAGGAGCUGCAGGCUUUCUUCGGCCUCCGAGUCACCGGGAAGUUAGACCGGGCCACCAUGGAUGUGAUCAAGAGGCCUCGCUGUGGAGUUCCUGAUGUGGCAAACUAUCGCCUCUUCCCAGGUGAACCCAAAUGGAAAAAAAAUACUUUGACAUACAGAAUAUCCAAAUACACACCUUCCAUGACUUCUGCAGAAGUGGACAAAGCAGUGGAGAUGGCCCUGCAGGCCUGGAGUAGCGCCGUCCCUCUGAGCUUUGUCAGAAUAAACUCAGGAGAAGCAGAUAUUAUGAUAUCUUUUGAAACUGGAGAUCACGGGGAUUCCUAUCCAUUCGAUGGGCCUCGGGGGACUCUAGCCCAUGCAUUUGCACCUGGAGAAGGCCUGGGAGGAGAUACACAUUUCGACAAUGCUGAGAAGUGGACUAUGGGAAUGAAUGGUUUCAAUUUAUUCACCGUUGCUGCUCAUGAAUUUGGCCACGCACUGGGCCUGGCCCAUUCCACAGACCCAUCAGCACUGAUGUACCCAACUUAUAAGUAUCAGCAUCCCUAUGGAUUCCACCUUCCCAAGGAUGAUGUGAAAGGGAUCCAGGCACUGUACGGACCUCGGAAGACAUUCCCAGGGAAGCCCGCUGUGCCCCACAGCCCCCCUCAUAAUCCUUCUAUCCCCGACCUCUGUGACUCCAGCUCAGCCUUUGAUGCUGUGACAAUGCUGGGAAAGGAGCUCCUGUUCUUCAGGGACCGGAUUUUCUGGCGUCGGCAGGUUCACUUGAUGUCAGGGAUCCGGCCCAACACCAUCACCAGCUCCUUUCCCCAGCUUAUGUCCAAUGUGGAUGCAGCUUAUGAAGUGGCUGAGAGGGGCACAGCUUACUUCUUUAAAGGACCCCACUACUGGAUAACAAGAGGAUUCCAAAUGCAAGGUACUCCUCGGACUAUUUAUGACUUUGGGUUCCCAAGAUACGUGCAGCGAAUAGAUGCUGCCGUCUAUCUCAAGGAUGCACAGAAGACCCUUUUCUUUGUGGGAGAUGAAUACUACAGCUAUGAUGAACGAAAAAGGAAAAUGGAAAAAGACUAUCCAAAGAAUACUGAAGAAGAAUUUUCAGGAGUUAAUGGCCAAAUAGAUGCUGCUAUGGAGUUAAAUGGCUACAUUUACUUCUUUUCAGGACCCAAAGCGUACAAGUAUGAUACAGAGAAGGAAGAUGUGGUUAGUGUGCUGAAAUCUAGUUCCUGGAUUGGUUGCUAA